AAGAAUAAUAAUAGAAGAGUAGUAGAGUUAUAGACCUGGCCGAUCUAAGCAAAAGGUUUUAAAUCUGUGUCCGUUAUUCUUUGUCGUGUCGUGUCCAAUGGUGAACCUUGGAAAAAACAUGAGCCAUGCCCAAUCCCAUUCCCAUGUGCUACUAAUCAAUGUAACGCAGCUCAUUUGACCAUUUCACCAAAAUACCCUUCUUUCUCAACUCCAUCUCCAAAUUUGACCCAACACUUGACUACCCACCAAAGAAAGAAAGCUUCGCCAUUCUAUUUUUCUUCGACUCCAACUGCUUCAUCAUCACUUUUGUAAUAAGUGUCUUUCAGGAGAAAAAACUCAUUUUUUUUUAUUCAUUCAUUUAUUUAAAAAAGAUACCUGUGUGCCCAGAAAACUCUCUGACAUUCUCUAUCAACCUCUGUCUCCUUUCGCUGAGAGGUCCACAAGAGUAGAAGAGAAAAUGGGUGUUGGAACCAGCACCUUUGUGAUCAGAUGGGUCAAUUUUUUAACCAUGCUUUUAUCAGUGGUUGUGGUGGUAUUUGGGAUAUGGAUGAGCACUCAUCAUGAUGGCUGUAGAAGGUCCCUAACUUUUCCAAUCUUAUGCCUCGGCGGUGUGAUCUUUUUUGUAUCUAUAAUCGGUUUCUUGGGCGCAUUGAAGAACAGUUCCAUACUGUUGUGGAUUUAUUUGAUCAUGCUCUGCUUCAUACUGAUUGGAAUUCUGGUAUUUACAGUGUUGGCGUUCAUUGUAACAAACAACGGUUCCGGUCAUAGUGUGGAUGGUUUGAGAUACAAGGAGUAUCAGCUUAAAGAUUACAGUUCUUGGUUUCUAAAUCAGUUGAACAAUACACAUAAUUGGAAGGAGUUGAAGAUAUGUCUUGUGAAAUCCGAAGACUGCAAUAACCUGUCGAAAAAGUAUAAGACUCUUAAGCAAUACAAAUCAGCAAAACUGACCCCUAUCGAGGCCGGCUGCUGUCGGCCACCUUCUGACUGUGGUUAUCCAGCUGUAAAUGCUUCAUUCUACGAUUUAAGUUUUCAUCCAGUAAGUUCCAACAAAGACUGCAAAUUCUACAAGAACUCUCGCCAAGUCAAGUGCUACAAUUGCGAUUCUUGCAAGGCUGGAGUAGCACAAUACAUGAAAACAGAGUGGAGAGUUGUAGCAAUCUUCAAUGUUGCCCUCUUUCUUGUCUUGUCCAUGAUAUAUUUUGUGGGAUGCUGUGCUAGAAGAAAUGCUUCAAGAAGCCAAUCCAAAACUUAAAAGGGUUUUCCAUGUAAUUGAAUUUUUUUUCUUCCUUUCAACGAUGAACAAUGAGUGGUUGUUGAAAAUGGGGGAGUUCGAUGACAACAAAGUAGCCACUUUUAAGAUUGUUGUAUCAACCAGAGAAGAAAAUUGAGUAAGAAAGAUCUUUUUUGUUGGGGGGGCUUUCGGAGUAAGUGAAGUGUUGGACAUGAAAUGAAAUUAUGUAAAAAGGAAAAAAGAGUAAAGAAAAUAGAAUUCUAUUCUUCUUGUUGUGUCAUGUUAUGAUGAAGAACAAUCUAUAUAUGCUUUAUUUGUUCUAACCA